ACCCCCAAUUAAACCAAAGCGCGUCCCUUAAUUAAGGGAACAAAGGCACGACGCUUAUUGGCCACGCGGCAGGAAUUCAUUGGAGAGAGGAGAGGUGUGCGUGUUUUUUCCCGUUUCUUCUUUCUCUUCUUUCUUUUUUCCUUCUCUCCUCUUCCAGCCACAAGAAAGGCGAUUUCUAUUCUUUUUGGUGGCUCUACACAAUGAUCGGCGUGUCUCUCGAUGGCGAAUCAGAAGGUAAAGAUGAGUCAAUAUGUUUACAUGUUUGAAUAUUUCAUUGAUGCAUGUCUUAGAUUCUUCUAUUUCAUCGUGAAUCAAGAGAAAUUCAAUCCACUGAUUUGUUUUUAUUUUUUCUAUCUAUGUGUCUUCCGAGGGUUUGAUCAAGAGGCAUGAUCAAGGCUAAACCUUUCUCUCUGUCAGACAAAACCCCAACGAUUGUUUGUCAAAGGUAAAAGCUUUGUCUUUGAUCUUUUGAACUGAAUAAACUCAAUCUGUUUGUUCUGUUAAAUUGGAUAAACCAUAGCUUAUAUUUGUUGUUGUUUUGUGAGUUAUGUUGCGCUUAUUAUUGAAUUUUAUUGCUUGAAUUGGAUUGAGAAUUGGAUAAAAUCAUUGUCAUUAGUCUAGCUUAAAUUGGAUAAAUCAUAACCAAUCAAUUUUAUUUUUGCUUGAACUGAAUUUAGAAUUGGAUUAAACCAUGGUCUUUGGUCUGUUGAAUUCAGUAUUAUUGUAGCUAUUUGCUCUUGUUUUAAUUGGAAAAAGCAUUGCAAACAUGUUGCGAUUGUUGUUGACUGCAAUAUCUUGUUUGAAAUGAAUUGAAAUGUAAUUAUGUGUUAGGUUAGGUAAUAAAUAUUUGUCUGAGAUAGUGGUUGUCUUAAAUUGAUUAUGGUCAGAUAGUAUUGAAUGUUGUUGUGGGAGGAAGUUGUUAGAUAGAUGUCAUGUCGGUUUGGUUGUGAUGAAUGCAAACCGUGUUCUUCUUUUCUUCUUUUCUUCUUUUCUUCGUUCUAUAAAACUCCUUCCUUUGCUUCUAUCUUGAAUUCAUCUCACGUUCUCUCCAUUUUUCUAAUUUCUCAGCUUUGGUCUUUUCUUUCUGUCUUCUUUAUUUUUUUCUUUCUGUCUUAUUUCUCAUGGAUUCGUAUCCAUCAAAGUUUGUUGACUUACUAACUAGUCAACAAACUGUUUCUUUUGGAAACUAUGAAGUUUCUGAAGCCUCAAACUUCGAUGGAGACACUGGUCCAGAGCGAAGAGAGCGACAUAAGUGGACACCAAAGGAUGAUGUUUUGCUCAUCAGCUCGUGGCUAAACACGAGCAAAGACCCUCUAAUUGGGAACGAGCAAAAAUCAGUCGCCUUUUGGUCAAGAAUUACUGCCUAUUUUCAGGCAAGUGCAAAAGAAGCUGACUGCGCACAUAUGGAGGCAAACCAGUUGAAGCACCGUUGGCACAGGAUAAAUGACAUUGUGUCCAAGUUCUGUGGAGCGUAUGAUGCUGCUACUAGGGAGAAAAGCAGUGGACAAAAUGAAAAUGAUGUUCUGAAGCUAGCACAUCAAAUUUUCUACAACAAUCAGAAGAAGAAAUUCAAUCUAGAACACGCAUGGAGGGAGCUGCGGAAUGAUCAGAAGUGGUGCGAUCUUACCACUGCUAAAAGCGAAGGGACAUCGAAGAAGAGGAAGUGUGACGACGGUGCAGAUUCAUCAACCUCUCAAGCAACUGCAAACAAGCGUCCCCCAGGUGUUAAGAGUGCAAAGGCGAGUGGUAAGAAGAAGGUGGUAGACGAGAAUGCUGUGAACGAACGGUUGUCUAAGUUUGAGAAUAUGUUCACAAUCAAAGAACGGUUGACUAAGAUGACUCUGCUUGACUCACUUAUUAGAAAUCGAGAGGAGGGUCUAGGUGAGGAUGAAGAGGCUCUCAGGAAGAAGCUCAUCAAGGAGUUGAUGUCUACUUAGUUAAUCGGAAAAAUUGUACACUCACGGAUCAAAGAUGUUGCUGUGCAGAGUGGAGUGGUGGUCUCUUGUCACGAGAUUUCUGUUUCUUGUCACGAGAGUGUUGUUUCUUGGUGGUGUCUUGUUUCUUGUUUGAAGACAGUGUAGAGGUCUGUCUCUUGUUUCUUGGCAUGUUGUUGUCACACGAGACUUGGUGGUGUCUUUUCACUUUGUCUUCUAGUUGAAUGAAAUAAAAUGUAUUGUCAUGAGUGGGUGUCUUUUUACUUGUCUUCUAGUUGAAUGAAAUAAAAUGUACUGUCAUGAGUUGGUGAAUCACGUGAAUUGUCAG